CUAACGCCAGUGUACCCUGUUAGGCGUGUAACCUACCUCGUAUUUUCCACAACUUGCCUUUUAUCUCUGUCUCUGUUUUUUAUCUCUCUCUCGUGUGUUACGGUAGCAAGUACAUGAACAUUUUGUCAUUAUCGUGGAGUUUCAAUAAGACAAUACUCUGGAGCUUUGGAUUCAAGAUCAUACAACUCACCACUGUCUUCGUCAAAGGGAUUACCAAGUACGUCGAAAAUAUCAACCAGUUUCAACGCUUGCUUUCGGAAGGUACUGCUGUGGCAGGAGUGAGGCGUAAUGGAGACUAUGUACGAGUUGUUGAGGAACUACGUGGGUCCCCUGGUGAUGGUAGUGACGACAACGGUGGGUGUGCAGUACCUGGCGGAAGUGGGAGGUGACAACGCUCCCACCUCCUGGAGCCUUGUGGGGAACCUACAUUCCUGGACUGUGGUGUUUCUCACUCUCCUGUGGGCGCUGCUCUCACUCUUGGUGCCGGGGAAGUUGUUCUCCGGGCCACAGACCAGCUUCGGCUACACGCCAGUCUACAAGGCUAACGGGUUCCAGUUCUUCGUGGUGUCUCUGGCGGCCUUCCUCACCCUCGUCCUCUACUACCCACACAUCCCACUUGACCUGGUCGACAACUUCCAGAAUAUACUUGCGUCAUGCAACAUCUUGGCGUUCGUGCUAUGCAUCUACUUGUUGCUGAAAGGGAAGCUGUGGCCGGAGGCAGUGGAGGUGUUGGAGCCAAAGCCAAUAGUGUACGAGUUUUACCGGGGGAUGGAGCUGCACCCUAGGAUGCUGGGCGUCGACGUGAAGCAGCUUACCAACUGCAGAUUCGGUCUCCUGGCCUGGGAGCUGCUGGUGGUGGCCUUCUUCCUGGCAGGGUGGGAGAGGAACGGCUUCAGCCUGGCUCACCUGGUGUGUGCCACCCUCCAAACCAUCUACCUGGCCAAGUUUUACUGGUGGGAGACUGGCUACUUCAACACGCUGGACAUCAUCCUGGACCGUGCCGGCUACUACAUCUGCUGGGGGUGUUUGGUAUUCGUGCCCUCCCUCUACACCUAUGCCUCCUUCUUUCUCGUGGCUCACCCUCCUCUCGUGUCCACCACCGCCGCCAUCUUCUUUUUCAUCCUGGGUUUAUGUGCGAUAAUUGGCAAUUACCGCAUAGACUGGGAAAAGGAAUACUUUCGCGCCAUGGAUGGAAAAUGUGACUUAUGGGGCCGACCCGCCACCUAUAUUGAAGCGGAAUACACGAGCGCCUCGGGUCCUAAGCGUUCUAAACUGCUCACUUCCGGGUGUUGGGGCGUCGCCAGACACCUCAACUACACGUUCGAGCUGUUACUGGCCCUGUCCUGGUGUCUGCCGGGGCUGGGCUAUGGCUUUUGGCCUUUUCUCUACGUAAUCUUCCUGACGGUGCUGCUGGUACACAGGGUAUUCAGGGACGAGGACAAGUGCCGGGAUAAGUAUGGAGCCAGCUGGGACAAAUACUGCAGGGAAGUUCCCUACCGCAUGAUUCCCUGGGUAUUCUAAGACCAUCUUGUCACACCUCCAAGAUUUAUUAUUGUGUUCCUGGGGAAAGCAGUAUUAAGUAAACUUAAAUGUAUUUUUCGUUUUUAAGAAGUAUAUCUGGAAAUGCGUGAAAUCUUUGCUUUUCGUGUCGAUGAGUUCGUAUUUUUUAAUACGAAAAAUAAAAAGCUUUAUUCA